AUGUGGUUCAUUCUUGCCAUAGCUGUAUUCAUAAUAUGCAUAUUUUAUCGUCCGUUUAAAUUUUGGAUAAUCGAUCCAUGGCUUAUUCAUCGUGAUCUAUGGGCUCAAGGUAUUCCGGGGCGUCAUAUCCCAUUAAUAGGCGAAAUAUUCAACAUGCGUAAAAGUAUUAUUGCUGAAGAUCCGUUCGCACAUCUAGUAGCUUUGGAGAAACAAUUCGGCGACUACUAUCAUAUUUCAUUUGGUCCUGUUGCUCGUCUGGAUACAUCUGACCCAGCCUUGAUAAAUGGUGUUCUUAAAACCAACGCUCGCGCUUAUCAUAAAGAAUAUAUCAUGCGACUAGUUCUUGGAGUACUAUUAGGAAACAACAAUCUGUUGAUGGCCGAGGAUGAGAUACACGCUCAACAUCGCCGAUUGAUAGAACCUGUAUUUCAACAUCAAAAUCUAAACUCCAUGAUAUCACUCAUGGUGCAAAUUACAUUAAAUCUCACUGGAAAAUGGUCAUCGAUGGCUACUGUUGCUGCUGAUCAAAACAAGCCAUUUGUUUUAGAUGUCCAUGAAGAGAUGGCAAAAUUGACAUUAGAUAUUGUUACAAGUUGCGUAUUCGGUACGGAGAUAAUGUCUGAUGAAAAAAUGCACGAGAUAGUUCAUCGCACUGUAAAAGAAUCACUUGAAUUGAUGGGAAAACGUUUGUUUAACAUGACUGCUAUAAUUCCAAUUAUCAAUCGUCUUCCAUUGUCAAGUAAGCGACGUGUUGAUAAAUGUAUUUCUGAAGGACAACAACUUAUUCGACAAAUCGUCGACGGCCGUAAAAAAGGAUUAACUAAGUCGGCUUGUAAAGGUCCCGAUCUACUUGAUUUACUCUUAGCAGCAUCUUGUGAAGAUAAAGCGAGUAAAUUCACCAGUGAAGAAGUCUACGAAGAAGCAUUAACCUUUGUUGCUGCUGGACAUGAGACAACAUCGACAUUGAUGACAUGGACCUUAUACAAUUUGGCCAACAAUCCAGAUGUCUACCGUCGAUUGAAAGCAGAAGUAGACUCAGUACUGAAUGAUGAUGAAGAGAUAACAUCGUCGACAUUGUCACUGUUGAGUUAUACUGAAGCCGUAUUGAAAGAAGCCUUACGAAUACAUCAACCGGUACCUGCAAUAGUUCGUACUGCGGUUAAAGACAAUACACUUGUAGCAAGUGACGGUAAACAAAUCCAUAUAAAAAAAGGAACGGGGAUUUUUCUCAAUUUCUACACGCUUCAUCACUCAGAAAAGUACUGGCAUGAACCAUUCAAAUUUGAUCCAUCCAGAUUCGAUGGUAAUCAAGCAGAAAAGCUUAUUUUCCCGUUUUCUGCAGGACCUCGAUCAUGUGUCGGAAAAAAUUUUGCCAUGUUAGAAGCAAAAAUAAUGUUAGCUUUGAUAAUUCGAAAAUUUCGUUUCGAACUCGAACCAGGUCAAAAGUUUAUUCCAGAAAUUUUCGUCACCAUGAGGCCAAAGUAUGGCAUGCGUAUGCGAAUUUAUCCAUGGUAA